CUCCACAUGUUCCCCAUAGAACCAACCUCCGAGACCCUGAGUCUCUUCGCCACCUACAUGUGCCACCACAUCGAGCCCCGCUCGGUGGAUUCCUACCUCUCGGGGAUCUGCAGCGAGCUCGAACCCUUCUACCCGGCGGUACGUACCGCACGCGCCUCGCCUCUCGUCUCGCGCACCAUGAAAGGCUUCAAACGCCUCCGCAGCAAGCCUAUCGUGCGCAAGCGAGCGCUGUCCAAGGACGAGCUCGCGCGCGCGGUCGCUUCUUUCGGCCUCAACCCCUCCCACGACGACCUCUUGUUUAUAGCCAUCCUCCUCACGGGCUUCCACGCCCUACUGCGUCUAGGCGAACUGGUCUGGCCAGACGACACCGCGCUACAAACCUACCGCAAACUUACGAUGCGCACAUCGGUCAAAGUCGACGCCAACACGUUCGAGUAUCUACUGCCCGCGCAUAAGGCGGACGCGUUCUUCGAGGGGAACCGCGUCCUCGUUCAGCGCUCCGCUGGCGCACCCGAUCCCCACGCCGCGUUCUGCGCUUUCCUCAAAAUUCGCGACACCGCGUUCCCAUUCCGCGCCGAGCUUUGGCUCCGCGCGAACGCCACGGUGCCGACGCGCUCGUGGUUCAUGCGACGUCUUCGGGGGAUCUUCCCACGAGACAUCGCGGGUCACUCAAUGCGCGCUGGAGGCGCGACCUCCCUAGCCGCAGCGGGUGUCUCACCGACCACCAUCCAA